AUGGGCCGUUUGUCUGCCCUGUGCCUGGCGAUAUCCACAGCUUUGACAGAGUGCCUUGACAAUGGGCUUGCUCGCACACCGCCGAUGGGUUGGAUGACGUGGGAGCGCUACCGAUGCAUCACCGACUGCAGCACUUCGGGCCCAUCCCACUGUAUCAAUGAGCAGCUUAUCAAGGACAUGGCUGAUCGGCUUGCAGAGGAUGGAUGGCUAGACGCUGGCUACAAGCAGGUGAGCAUCGAUGACUGCUGGGCGCUCCCGGAGCGCGACGAGAAGGGUCAGCAAGUGGCAGACCCCAGGCGGUUCCCAUCGGGCAUGGCCGCUUUAGGAAAAUACAUCCAUGAUCGUGGUCUCCUUUUCGGGACCUACAGCGACAUCGGCUCCAAGACCUGCGCUGGAAAAGUAGGCCUCCAGGGCCACUUCGAUGACGAUGCCCGUUUGUUUGCAUCCUGGGGGGUGGACUACAUCAAAGUGGAUGGCUGCUACGAAGAACUCAAGGACAUGCAGGCGGAUUAUCCCGCUUUUGGGGCAGCGUUGAACAGAACCGGACGGCCAAUAGUCUACAGCUGCAGCUGGCCUGCAUACCUGCCCCAUCAUUGCGAAGGAAGUGACGCUUGCAUGGCCUCUUUAGUGGAAAACUGCAACCUUUGGCGCAACUACGGAGAUGUUGAUGACAGCUGGCAGUCUGUGACUGGCAUUGUUGACUUCUGGAAGAGGAGGAACAGCAGUGAUGAAAUGGUCCGAGCAGCUGGACCCGGGCACUGGAAUGAUCCUGACAUGCUGAUUGCGGGCAACUUCGGUUUGUCCCAUUCAGAAGAACAGACCCAGUUCGCUUUGUGGGCCAUUUUUGCAGCGCCGCUCUUCAUGUCCAAUGACCUUCGAAUGAUAUCGGCAGAAUCCAAAGAGAUUCUCCAGAACCGGGAAGUCAUCUCCGUCAACCAGGAUGUUCUGGGCAAGCAAGGCUUCUGCGUGGCCGGUUGUGAUGGAGACUUGCGUGUUUGGGUGCGCGAGCUUGCAGGCCAGGAGGCAGCAGUGGUUCUUCAAAAUGCUGGCACGGGCGGAGAUGGUAGCAACAUCACCGUGGAUUCUUCUAUGAUCUCCUGGUUUCCUGAACGCUCUACUGGCACCUUUCUAGCCCGCGACCUCUUUGCGAAGACCGACUUGGGAGUCUUUCCGGGGCACUUGACGCUCUUUGUACAUGUAAGCUCUUGCAGGAUGCUGAAACUGACGCAGCAGAAGCAGGCUCAAGUAGCGCCCUCCUGUGCAGUGGAGAGGCCCCAGGAGUCGUGCCGUGACGCCAUGCGAGCGCUGCGCGGAGCCGUGCUUGCUGCCAUUACGAGCGCAAGCGCUGAGGAAGGUCCUGCAAUUCCUUAUGUUGCUCCAGACGUGAGUGGACUCCAUUUCGUGGAGACCUUUGAUGCCGAUGUAUGGUCAAGGUGGAAGCACUCCACUGCGGAGAAGUACAAUGGAAAAUUCGAAGUCACCACACGAACCCCUGAGGCGCUGCUUGGCGAUCUGGCAUUGCAGGUGCCAGAGGCAGCCCGCCACUACGGUACAGCCGCGAAGUUUGAGCCAAUCGCUGUCGAGCAGAAGGGCGCCUUCGCUGUGCAGUUCGAAGCCAGAUUUGAGGAUGGCCUGUCGUGCGGUGGUUCGUACAUCAAAUUGUUCGACAGUGGAGGCCGAUCCUCUGAUGCUUUCGAUUCCGAGACGCGUUACGUCGUCAUGUUCGGGCCAGACAAAUGUGGCGGCACAAACAAAGUGCAUUUCAUUUUCCAGCACAAGAACCCCGUCACCGGCAAUUGGGAAGAAAAGCAUCUGCCAACACCUCCAAGUGUGCCGAUGGACCGUCGCACACAUCUGUACGGCUUGUUCAUCCGCUCCGACAACAGUUUCGAAGUCCAUGUCGACGGUGAGAAGAAGGCGAGCGGCUCUCUCCUGAAGGACAUGCAGCCGCCAGUUAAUCCACCGAAGGAAAUAGACGAUCCAUCAGACCAAAAGCCGUCGAACUGGGUCGAUGAAGCAAAGAUCGAUGAUCCAGAUGCAUCGAAACCAGACGACUGGGACGAAGAUGCGCCGUUUCAGAUCCCAGAUCCCUCAGCUUCCAUGCCCUCAGGGUGGUUGGAGGACGAGCUGGCUAAGAUACCAGAUCCCAAGUCGCAGAGGCCUGCAGAUUGGGACGAUGAGGAGGAUGGUGAAUGGGAAGCUCCGAUCAUCGACAAUCCCAAGUGUUCUGUCGGCUGCGGAAAGUGGGAGGCACCGAGAAUCAACAAUCCCAAUUACAAGGGAAAAUGGUAUGCACCGAAGAUUGACAAUCCGGCUUACAUUGGCGAAUGGAAGCCAAGGCAGAUCGACAAUCCUGAGUAUUUUGUGGACGAGAACCCGUACAUGUUGCCGACCAUAGAUUCGGUGGGUAUUGACAUCUGGACGAUGGACAAGGGCAUCAUGUUCGACAACAUCGUUAUCGAUUCCAACCCCGAAAAGGUCAUAGCGUUUGGCCAAGCUACGUUUAAGGUGCGGAGCGAGAUCGAAGUCAAGCAGGACAAGUCGGCAAGCGGGCAAGGCAUGUUCAGCAAAGCCCUGGACACGGUUCUAGAGAACCCAAUUCCAGUCCUGGUGACCGUCCUUGCUCUGCUCGUUGGCAGCUUCCUGCUCUCCGGCAUAAAAUGCGACAGCUCACCGUAG